AUGCACUUUCAUGGUCAGCUGAUGGCCCAUGUGUACCAGCGCGAUGAUACCCCCUCACCGAUGGAUGACUUGCAGGAUGUUCAGAUGUACCUAGGGGGUCAUGAUGGAACAUACAGCGAAGUGGAUAAUAAUGAGUGUGACGGACCAAUCAUUAAUCCCUUAUUGUUUGCUGUGUCUCAGACAAUACAUGUCCGCACACCACUGCAACCUUCUGGCUCAGAUGCUGCAACAGUCAAUGCUUGUUGUCAAACUCCUAUCUUCCCUCCUUCCUACUCUCAGGCAAAGAAGCGCGCUGUUGAUGACCUGGAACAUAUCAUGUCAUUCUCCUCAUCCUCAAAUUCUAUCGUAUCUUCCUCACCUCUUUGUUCAACCUUUAAACUACCCGAACGUGCAUAUGGGCACCUCAGCGAUCUUCCUCCUAUCAAUUGGGAUCUGAUACAUGAUCACAACUCAGAGCACAAGACUCACCCUGAAUUGAUGAAGGAGAUCAAUGAAAUGCGACACGAGUUUUGGAAGGCAAAGACACUGGUAGAAAGAGCCGUUAAUGUGGUGGAUGCAGCAAAUGCCCAGUUGGCAUUGGGAGGAAUGUAUGUGUCUAAAUCACAGACACAACUUCUAGCAUGGGAGGAAUUGGAAAAGUCAAAAGAGAAAGAGGAGGGUGGAUGUAUCAAGGGAAUGUUCAGCCACAUUGUGACACAUGAAGGUUUUUUGAGGGAUCAAGCUGAGCGCACUCAAUGGAGGCUGGAUGAGGCUGAGCUGGAGAAGCUGAAGGAGGAGGCCAAGGAGGGAUGGAGAAAGUUCAAUGAGACACAGAAAGCAGAGGUGGCAAAAUGGCAAGAGGAAAAAGCGUGCUUAGUUGCGCUCAAACAAAGAGUGCUGGCAAAGCCAUCGGAAAUCCGAAUGAGGGGUUGGAUGGCUCAGAAUUAUCCACAGCUCCAGCAGAACAAGCCCCCUGCAAUGCCGGAGGUGCCAGGGUGUGCUGAACAAGUGGCUGAUGGGGUCAGCGGGGGUCCAACAUGA